AUGAGGAAUAUUAACUAUCAUAGCAUAUCACCGGGGCAGGAUGAUGAUGAUAACUCAUCGAUCACUGAGGUUUCGCCCGAUUCCCCUCUACUAGGCCCGCGGGAGUUUUCACAUCAAACAACUCGUACGUUGUGGUUCCUCGCAAAGCAGCUUCAUUCUAUCUCGGCUUUAGUCUGUUUAGCCAUAUUUCUCUGGGCUUUCUCUGGGACUCAAGCGAUAGUACCGGGUACCAGAUUAGCAGAGGAAAUAUUCUGCCGUCGCUACUACGAGCACAAUGCCGUUAUCGACGAGAGGAUGUGUAAAGUAGAAGAAAUCCAAUCGCAAGUUGCAUACAUCUUCGGCUUCUCUAUAACGCUAAACGGCCUUGUUGGUAUGCUUGUUGCUUUUCCCUUUGGCGUCCUUGCAGAUCGUGCUCGCAAGCCCAUAUAUUUCUUAGGGUCGGUCGGACAAUUCUUAGGUGUUGUGUGGAUGUUACUCGUCUUCUACUUCUCUGACCGUAUACCGGCCGAACUCGUUCUGCUUUCUCCUGUAUUGAAAAUCUUAGGGGGUGGCUUAACUGUCGCUACUGCCAUUCUAUAUGCCAUUAUAUCCGAUGUUCAGACACCAGAGAAUAAGUACUAA